AUGACUGCUAUCAAUUCAAUCACCACCAAAUACGAAGCUGAGCGAGACAAGAGAUUCAUCGCCAUCUCUGACAACCAAGGAGACCGUAUCAACUUCAGGACUAGUUCGUUGAUGAACGACUUUAGUCGUGACCCUUGGGCCGACUACGACGCCCUCGCCAAGGAAACUCCGCCUCUGAGUGAUGGUUCCGAGAUCCGUUUCCUGAUCCUUGGUGCCGGCCAUAAUGGUAUACUUUUUGCCUACCAAUUGGUCGCGGCUGGAUUCAAUCCGGCUGAUAUCGUCAUUGUGGACGAGGCUGGCGGCUUUGGCGGCACCUGGUAUUGGAAUCGCUAUCCAGGCCUGACCUGCGAUGUGGAAGGCUACUGCUACUUGCCACUUCUCGAGGAGACAGGAUUCGUUCCCAAGCAUCGCUACUCGAAGGGCCAAGAGAUCCGUCAGAACGGCGCCGAAUGGGACGACGGCCAGAAGCGUUGGAUUGUCACAAUGAGCCGCAAUAUGUGCCCUCAAUAUCAGCAUCUCAACGGCGAUUUUGUUGUUCAGGCACAGUUUCUCAUGCCCGCCGGUGGCCUCUUCUACUCGCCGAGCGCACCUGAUGCUCCUGGUCUCAGCGUAUUCGUGAAGAACCGGGAAAUUUUCCACACCGCUCGCUGGAACUACGAAUACACCGGCGGAUCUCAGGACCAACCUGACUUGGUCAACCUCAAGAACAAGAGAGUGGGUAUCAUUGGCACCGGCGCGACCGCUGUUCAGGCUGUCCCCGAGCUGGCCAAAUGGUCGAAGCAGCUCUACGUGUUCCAGCGCACGCCCUCGUACUGUGGACCAAGAGAGCAAGUCGAGACGACCCCGGAAAGCUGGGACAUUGUAGCUGGCCGGCCAGGCUGGCAGGCCGAUCGGAUGAGAAACCUGAACAAGUUUCUUAACGACCACCCGGAGGUAACUCCUGCCGAUGACCUCGUCAAAGACGGAUGGAGUAAUGCACGCACGUUCGCUGGACUUAUUGGAAGCCCCCGGGCGAAAGAUAUCACCCCCGAAAACGUCCCUCAGCAUCUCCAGCGGAUGUUGGAACUCGACGCGGGGAUCUCAAGUGAGCUCCGCAAGCACGUCGAGCGCGAGGUUGCCGACCCGGAACUAGCUGAAAAACUGAAGGCCUGGUACCCCGGCUGGUGUAAGCGUCCGACAUUUCAUCAAGAUUACCUCAAGUCUUUCAACCGUCCAAACGUCAGUCUCGUUGAUACCGAUGGUCAGGGUAUCUCUGGUUAUACUGAGAAAGGCGUUUUGGUCGGUAAGGGCGACUUGGCCAAAGAGUACGAGGUUGACGUUCUCGUACUUGCGACAGGUUUCGCAACGACGACUGCCGUCGAUGGAGACCCAGCCCAAGUACUGAACAUGCCAAUCCGGGGGCGCAACGGUCGCGAUCUGACGGAGAAAUGGCAAAGCGAUGAGUUCGCCACUUUCAUGGGCGUGGCUACACACGACUUUCCUAACCUACUAUUCUUUACCGCAAAGGGUGCCACUUCCUCGGCAAACACGACCUACCCGUACACCGUCGGAGGCAGAUUAGUCGCUCACAUUGCCAAGUCUGCCUGCGAGAAUGCUUCUGAUAUCAACAGGGUUGAGGUCGAGGUCAGCAAGGAGGCGGAGAAAAGCUACACGGAGAGCUUGAAGCCUUACGCUUCAUGGUAUGCUCCUGUGGUAUCCUGCACCCCAACGUACUUUAUGGAUUACAAGGAUCCCAAGAAAGAGAAAAGGACAAAGGAACCCUCGGUGGGCUUUAGUAUGGGGGCUGUGGCUUUCGAACAAGUUGUAGACAAGUGGGCUGAUGGUAGCUUGAAAGGGUUUGUGGUGCAAGGCUGA